AUCUUACUUCGACUGGGUGGGGGUAAGAAGUAACUACUUUCUCCCACGAGCUUUACGGACAUAGAAUGCUAACUGACUGAGACACGACUCACUACUACUUGAGACUCCUCACAACAAUGGCCGGCAUAUCGGACGUUGACAACAUCGACUGGGGCAACAGCAACGGCGACGAAUCAGCUGGCGAAUCGGCUGGCGAGGGCACUCAGCCAGACGUAAAUGGACAAUCCAACCCUAUGAGUUCCAUCUCAGAAUGGGCAGACGCCACGGCCACUGAGGCGACGACAAUCACGGCACUAGACAACCCAUCAGCAUCAACCACCCAAGCAACAGAGACAUCUAUAUACACCUCGGCGUCUACCACAAGCUUUACCUCAGACUCAACCCCGUCCAGUACCUCCAUAGCUUCCGCGGACAGCGAUGACGGAGGCGGCGGCGGCGGCCUCAGCACCACGACCAAGGUUGCAAUCGCCGUCCCUAUUGCUGUCGUGGGUGCGGCCAUCCUUGCAGCAGUCAUUUUCUUCCUUCUUCGUCGCCGUCGUCGCCAACGCCAACGGACCUCCGCACCUGGGAUUUUAACACGCCAACUAGACACUUCGUCUUCUGCCUUCCUCCCUAGUCAACCCCAGAUCGCCCCCGUUCCGGCCCCAGGACCAGUUAACCGUAACCCGUUUCCCAGCAACAACGACAAUCUACCUCCGCCUCCACCUUAUCUCCGUCCACCAGGGACCGAGCCGGGGACAGGAGUAGACAGCACAUCAUCGGCGGCCCCGGUAGCAGGUGCUGCAGCCGGAGCUGGAGUUGCAGUAACAGACCGAGAUCUCAACUGGCGAACAUCCGAAGAGCGCGCUAGAGAAGCAGCGGCACGGCCGCGUUCACCAUUUGACCGUCCAAAUGACAAUGACGACAAUAUGUCUGUAGUGUCGGAGAUCAACGAUCGCGAAGCGAUGAUGAGAGAUAGAGGGCUCCGGGAUGAUGAUGAUGAUGAUGAUGAUGAUGAUAUCUCGUCUAUGUCCAGUUUCGGUGCCGAUGACCAUGAGCAUCGACAGGCCGCGCAUCGGGGGAGUUAG